AUGCUAGGAGAUGACGCUGCAUAUGUGGAAGCCAUCAAGGUGUUACAAGAGAGGUAUGGAAAUCCCUUUGUUAUUUCAAAUGCCUUCCGGGACAAACUUGAUGACUGGCCUAAAAUCAGCCCCAAGGACUAUUUAGGUCUUCGGAGAUUUGGAGAUUUUCUUCACCAGUGUUGUACAGCAGCCAGAUAUGUCCAUCACUUACAUCAUUUGGAUGAUAAAAGAGAGAACAAGAAAUUGAUGAGCAAACUGCCUGAAUGGCUAAUCACAAGAUGGGGCAGGAAUGUAGUCAAAUUGCGGCAAGACAGAGGAUCCUUUCCUCCCUUUUCUGUCUUCACGGCAUUCAUCAGCGAUGAGGCAGAUAUCGCUUGUGAUCCGAUCACUUCUAAUCAGACGUCCUUGAAAGAUAGGAGACAGCAGUCUUCUAAUGUGAGAACAUUAUCGACCAGUGUGCAGGGACAGCAAGCAAAUGGAGGGAAAGGAAAAUGGAAACCCCUUUGCACUUACUGUAAGGGAGAACAUCAUCUUGCUACUUGUAAAUCCUUCAUGUCACAGACAUUAGAUCACCGAACCAAAUUUGUUUUCGAUCAUGGUCUGUGCUUCGGAUGUUUAAGGUCCGGUCAUCUAUCUAAGAAUUGUAAGAAGAGGUCAUCAUGUUCAACAUGCAAAAGACGUCACCCCACCGUUCUGCAUGAUGAAAACUGGACAGAAAGACAACAAUCUAAGAGAGUUGAAAUAAAGAAUGAAGCUGAGGAAACUCAAACCACAAGAUCUCAUGCUUCAACCAUGAAGGACAAUCACAAAUCUCUAAAGACGUCUACUAUAGUUCCUGUGUCAGACACUAGCUUCAUUUUAGAUAGGACUAAGGAAGCAAUGGGCAUUGAAGGAAUAACAGUCAACUUGCUUCUUUCGACCAUGACGCUGGCCAAUGAGAGAAUUUCGAGUGAAAAGAUCAGUGGACUUAAGGUUCGAGCAUUCAAUGGACGAGAAGAAAUUUGUUUGCCCCCAACUUACACUCGGAAUAUUAUGCCGGCAAAUCGAGAACACAUACCAACGCCAGACAUUGCUAAGGCACACCCUCAUCUUAACGACAUAGCCAAACAUUUGAUUCCCCUUCAAGAUUGUGAGAUUGGACUUCUCAUUGGCUAUGAUUGUGCAAGGGCCCUCACUCCGCGAACUGUAUUAAGUUCCCCUAAUGAUGGUGGACCAUUUGGAUUACAAACUGAUCUUGGAUGGAGUGUUGUCGGUACAAUGGAACCUAACUAUCAUGACAAUGCGCAUGAUCAUAUUGGAAUCAGUCAUCGCAUUAUGGUGCAAGUUAUUCCAGAAGAACUGCAAAUAGAUGGUCAUCCAACCACAGUUACCUUCAGGCAUCAAUCAAGGAUUAAGGAGGAGAUUACUCCAUCUCAAGUCAUACGUCUUUUAGAAGCAGACUUUGCAUCAGAGAAAAGACAAAGGCCAUAUUCGAGGAAUGACUUGAGAUUUCUAGAGAUAAUGGAGCAUCAAGUUCACGUGUCUGAAAGUGGUCAUUAUGAGAUGCCCCUGCCAUUCCGUGACGAUAACCCUACUCUUCCAAAUAAUGAAUGCCCUCUUCAAUAG